UGUCGUGUGGCAGUUUCAUAAGAAUAUUGAAAAGGAAAUUACAGGGUGACUUGUAUUAGAUAGAACUGAAAAGGAAGAGAAAACCAUGGCGGAUUCAGAAAGAGAAAAAGAACUAAAAGCUUUUGAUGAAACAAAACUUGGUGUCAAAGGACUUGUUGAUGCAGGUAUCACCAAAGUCCCUCGUAUCUUCUAUCAACCACCCGAUAACACCAAAAUUGCAUCAGAGUCAGAAGAUACAAAAAACUAUGCUAUUCCAGUGAUAGAUCUUGCUAACAUUCACCAAGAUCCAUGCGCACGCAAAAGAGUUGUUGAAAGUGUUAGAGAUGCAUCAGAGACAUUUGGAUUUUUUCAGAUAGUAAAUCAUGGCAUCCCUGUGAGUAUUUUGAAUCAAAUGAAAGAUGGAGUGUUAAAUUUUUUUGAACAGGAUAAUGAAGUGAAGAAGGAGUAUUAUACUCGUGAACCAAAAUCUUUCAUGUAUUAUAGUAACAUUAAACUAUAUACAACAACUCCAGCUACUUGGAAAGAUUCUUUCCUUUGCAAUAUGGCUCCUGUCCCCCCUAAACCAGAAGAUCUGCCAAUUGUAUGCAGGGACAUAUUGUUGAAAUACUUUAACCAAGUGAAGAAACUGGGGAAUAUACUGUUUGAGUUACUAUCAGAAGCUCUUGGUUUGAAUCCGAGCUAUUUAAGAGAUUAUGGUUGCGCUGACGGCUUAUAUGCUUUUGGCCAUUAUUAUCCGGCUUGCCCUGAACCCGAAUUAACUCUGGGAGCGGUAAAACAUGCUGAUGUUGUCUUCAUGACCUUGCUUCUACAAGAUCAUGUUGGUGGCCUUCAAAUUCUUCAUAAGGACAUGUGGAUUGAUGUACCUCCGGUAGACGAGGCUCUUAUCGUUAACAUUGGUGAUUUUAUACAGCUUAUCACAAAUGAUAAAUUCAAGAGUGUUUAUCACAGAGUAGUGGCAAAUCUUGGAGCACCAAGAGUUUCUAUUGCAAGUUUUUUUGGCACAAUUUAUCAUGAAUCUACAAGAAAGUUUGGUCCCAUCAAGGAACUAUUAUCUGAAGAGAAUCCUGCAAAAUAUAGAGAAACUUCAAUUUCUGAAUUUGUAGUUCGCUACACAAACAAAAGCGCUGAUGGUACUUCUCCACUGAUGCAUUACAGGAUUUGACGAGCAAGUUGCAAAUGAAAUAAUUGGCUAUGUGAUUUUAUAUUUUCUCAAUAUAUAAUUGCUCAAGUUCUGAAACUUUGACUGGAUUUGGACUGAAUUAUAUAACUAGGUGUUAGUGUAUUUGUAGUUAUUGUUGAAACAUUACCAUGCUUCGGUUACUUCAUGUUUUAUUGUUGAACUUGCCUUAUUUUUAUCACAUUGUUUUGUAGUUUAAUAUAUA